AUGUCACAAAAUAAGACAUGUCAUGCAGAGGAUGGAACCAAUUUCUUCUGUUUUCCUUGUCAAAAAUUAAUAUGUGGGGAAUCUCUCAAAGAGCAUUCCAAUCACGUGAGCGAAGAUGUGCAAUCUUUACUACAAAAUACUCUAGAAAGACUACCAUCCCUCAUCGACCAGGGAGUGUCCAUUAUUCCGGAUCUGAAAAACCAAAUCGAGCAGAUUGACACACAGACAGAAAAGGUGGAACAAGACGUAUCGCUUCUUCGAAAAGAAAUCGAAAUUAGGUAUCAUUUAAUUGAGACCAAACUAAGGGAGUAUCACCAAAUGAUUUGCCAGGAAGUAGACGGGUUUGUUGAAAAUGUCAAGAAGAGUGGUGAUACAAAGAAAGAGGAUAUUAAGAAUAAAAUAAAAUUGAUAGAAGAUGCUCAGCGACGUUACAAUGCUGAUGAUAUUUGUGAGAUCUGUGACGCGUUACAAAUUGAAAACAAUUGUAUGAGAUUAGUUGACAAUAUCAAACAAUAUCCUAAUAUCAUGAAAAGUACUCAUACAAAUGUUCCGGAGCUCGAGUUUGAUGUCACCGAGGAUGAUAUGACAAAAAUGAUUGGUACAAUGUACGGUAAUAUUCGAUUUGAUCUUGGAAGCAAAAAACAGAUAUCUACCGAUAUGAAAGAUAAAAAACAACUAAAGGUACAUGUCGAAACAAAACUUGCAUUUCCUGCCCUUCCGGUUCGAUCUGGUCACAAGGUAUCUGGAAUUAUUCAAACAAGCGUCAACGACGUCAUUGUAGGAUAUUCUACAAACAAGGUUUUACAUUACUACGAUAGAAAUGCCAAAAGGCAGAAAUCAAGAGAAUUGCCAUUUUAUGCUCAGAGCAUGACAACGACAAUUACCGGAGAGGUUAUUGCUUCUGAAAGUAAGGGAUCCAGAAUCAUGAAAAUAGACGGUGAAAAUGUCAGUAUGUUGUUCGAUGCCUCACCCUAUCCAACGUUUGGUGUCCUGUGUUCACACAAUUCCAAAACUAUAUAUGUUUGUUGUCGAUCAGACAACAAUGGUUUUGUUUAUGUCCUAUCAAUAGAUGGAAAACUAGCAAAAAUAAUAUCUCAAUGUACUGGUGGCCAGCGCCUAUUCAGAAAACCAUACAGAAUUGCAGAGAGUCCCUCGCGGUGUACAUUAUACGUAACUGAUUCAGGAUUGAAGAAUGUAAUUGCAAUUGACAAAUACAAUGUCUGUAUAUUCAGAUACAAUGGCGGCCCUGAAAGCAAUAACUUCAUCCCAGUUGAUGUUAAGUUCUGUGACCAUGAUAACACGCUCUUGGUCUCCAACUGGAAAGGCAAUAGCGUCCAUCAAUUGACUGAGGAAGGUCAAUUCCGAUCUCUGGUUAUUUCUCAGAAAGAUAACAUUCUUUAUCCUACCAUGCUGUUGGUGGAUUGUUUGAGAAGAAUCUGGAUUUCACAUAAGGAGAAGAUCAGUGUUGUAAAAUACAUAGUAAAGUGA